GGGACCACUGCUCUAAGAAACAUUUCUUCUGUCUUAAUGUCCCCAUCUGCUGCUGCAGCUGUCACAGUGUCUUUAUUCUUGUGUUCAUAUCCUUGUGCACAUAUUUGCAAAAAAUAUAGAUAUAUAUUUUUGCUUAUUUAGGGCAUUCAGAUGUUCUCAAUUUUUAUUUAAAAUUCGCUCCUCCGCUCAGACGUGUUGAAAACAAAGUACAUCACAGACAACUUUCACUUUCACUUACGAGAAAAAGGUAAGAGCUCCACGACGGAUUGGAAAUCCUUUCAGAUUUACUUUAUUCACCGAUAAACUGUGAUUUAAGGCAAAAAAUGUCUUAAAGCUUUGGUUUAAUUUGGUGUUAAAAAAGAAACAAAACUUUGAUUUGGUAAAGAGUAAGUUUUAUUUCUGUGAUGUUGUCUUUUGUUAUGUGGCUCAGACGGGUUCAUAUAUUUAAAUAAACAUGUUUAAUUUUAAGUGACUGUUGUUUGAAAGAUUUUCGUUUUAUUUUGAAAGAAGUGCAGAAAAAUGUGAACAAACAGAGAGAACCCUACAGCAGACGACAAUUCAGCAGGUUCUCCAUCUAAUACUGAACUCUCGGCUACAGACAUUUUUCAGAAAUUAUCUGGUGAAAAAUUCUAUCUUCAAGGUUUUCAAGUUGUCACUGUAGAGUCAGUCAUUCAGGACUCACCAAAGCUGAACCCUCAAACAGCAGAUGAUGAUUCCAUGACGUCUCAGGUGUAUGUCCUGAAAAGCUACACAUGCACUAUCAUACUUUAGUUUCUGCUUAAAUAAUCAUUAAACAUUCUGGUGUUUUUUCAGAUAUUAUCAAACAGCUGCACUUCUGUUCAGACAAGCCAGAGAGACAACGUUAAUUAAAGAGCUUCAACAUCUUCAGAUUUCACCAAAGGAAAUAAAGAAAAAAUGUGGACAAACAGAGAAGCAGCUAAAGCAGAUCAGACAAAAAGAAAAGCACAUGAAGCAUAUCACAUUCCAGCAUUUUCUCUGUCUAACGCUGAACUUUUGAAUAAAGCAGAAAAAGAUGAAGCAACAAUAACUUUGGUGUUGAAGUGGUCCAAACAACCUGAAAAACAACAAAAAUCUCUAGAGAAAUCUCUACAAUCUUGGCUCAACAAAAACAGAAACAAAGAGUUAUGCUGUUCAGUAGACAAAAUCCUUAAAGGCAAGAAUGCUCUGAUAAGGAUUUCACCCCCUCCAGGUUUGGAGAUUGUUCUGAAAUUAUCUGGUGAAAUUCUGACUCUUAGAGACGGUUCAACAGUCACUGUAGAGUCAGUCAUUCUGGACUCAUCAAAGCUGAACCCUCAGACAGCAGAUGAUGGUUCCACCACUUCUACUGCAUCUACAACUGAUAUAUUAUCAAACAGCUGGACUUCUGUCCAAACCAGUCAGAGAGACAAAGUUUAUCACAGAGCUGCAACAUCUUCAGAUUUCAGCAAAGGAACCAAAGAAAAAAUGUGGACAAACAGAGAAGCAGCUAAAGCAGAUCACAUUCCAGCAUUUUCUCUGUCUAACACUGAACUCUCGGAUAGAACAGAAAAAGCUGAAGCACCGAUAACUUUGGUGUUAAAGUGGUCCAAUCAACCUAGAAAACCAAGAACAUAUCUGGAGAUAUCUCUACAAUCGUGGUUCAACAAAAGAGAAAAAAGCAUAAACUGUUCAGUGGUCAGAAUCCUUGAAGACAAGAAUGCUCUGUUGAAGAUUGAACCCGUUCCAGUUGCAGAGAUUGUUCUGAAAUUAUCUGGUGAAAAAUUGACUCUUCAAGAUGGUACAACAGUCACUGUAGAGUCAGUCAUUCUAAACUCACUAAAGCUGAGGACUCAGACAACAGAUGAUGCUUUCAGGACUUCUACUCCAUCUUCAUCAGAUGAUAAAACAGCAAAAGAUGAAGCACCAAUAACUCUGAUGUUAACGUGGUCCAAUCAACAUAGAAACCAGCAAACAUAUCUGGAGAAAUCUCUACAAUCUUGGUUCAGCAGAAGAAGACAAGGAUUAAGAUGUGAUGUAAUCAGGAUACUUGAAGACAAGAAUGCUCUGAUCAAGAUUGAACCAUCUCCAGCUGUGGAGAUUCUUCAGAAAUUAUGUGAUGAAAUUCUGACUCUGGGAGAUGAUUCAACAGUCACCAUAGAGUCAGUUGUUCUUGGCUACCUAAAACCAAAUCCUCAGACAGCACAUUAUGCUUCUACCACUUCUACUCCAUCUACAUCUGAUGUUUCAGGAAAGAGGGGAAGCCGGAAUUAUCUAAAUCCUGCAGCAGAAAUCUCUCCAGUCCGAGGUCUACUUCAUCUUGACCAGAAAAGCUUCACAUAUUACCCAAACUACUCGCAGCUUCGAGGACUCCCUCGUUUAAGGGAUUGGUCAGGGAUGCAUAAGUCAGAAAAGAGAUCAACCACUGAAGGAGGAGCCACAGGAGGAGACAGCCCAGAGGAAAACUGUCCCAUCUGUUUGUCUCCAUUUACUGAUAAGGAAAGUCUGAGCUGCAAACAUGAGUUUUGUAAGUUAUGUCUGCAGCAAGCAGAGAAGAGCAGUGGACCCAUCUGUCCUGUCUGCAGAAAAGUCUUUGGUAUCAUUCAGGGAGAUCAGCCGGAUGGAACCAUGACGUGGAUGAAGAGUUCUGGUCCAGUUCCUGGUUUCUCACACUGUGGAACCAUCACCAUCACCUACAGUAUUCCAAGUGGAAGACAGACGGAAAAACAUCCCAAACCUGGACACUUCUAUACUGGUACAAGUAGAACAGCAUAUCUUCCAGACAACAAAGAGGGUAAUGAAGUUCUGAUGCUGUUGAAGAAAGCCUUUGAUCAGAAGCUGAUCUUCACCAUCGGGGCUUCAAGAACUACUGGCUGUGAAGACCAGGUGACCUGGAAUGACAUUCAUCAUAAAACAAACUUGUAUGGAGGACCAGGCAGUUAUGGAUAUCCUGACCCGAACUACCUGAGCAGAGUGAGGGAGCAGCUAAAGGCCAAAGGCAUUGAGUGAACAUGACGCCAGGAGAUUUCAUCAUUAAAUCAGAGCCAAACAGAAUGAUUAAAGAAUUCUAACUAACAAAAAAGGAAUUAACUUUCAAAAAUGAACAGAAAACAAUUGUUUUUUUGUGAUUUAAGGAAUUAUCUAAGACCAUUUUUUUAAGCUGCAAAUGGUUCCAAUAUUAGCAGGCACAACCUCGAAGGAAUAAAAAAUUGCGAUUUGUUUGCUUUCCUUUUUGUGAUUGUAAGAUUGUGUCAAGAAUGAUCUUUAAAUUAAAUUAGAUUCUGAGUUUAUAAACCUUCA